AUGGCCGCGGGAGCCGGGACAGCGGGCCCUGCUUCCGGCCCGGGCGUUGUGCGUGACCCGAUGGCGUCACAGCCAAGGAAACGGCCCAGCCGGGAGGGCGGGGAGGGCGCACGGCGAUCGGGCACGAUGGCGGGAGGAGGCGGGAGCAGCGACAGCGGCGGGCGGGCGGCGGGCCGGCGGGCGUCGCGCAGUGGCGGGCGGGCUCGACGGGGGAGGCACGAGCCGGGGCUGGGAGGCGCGACGGAGCGGGGCGCGGGGGAAACGCGGCUGGAGGAGGCGGUCAACCGCUGGGUGCUCAAGUUCUACUUCCACGAGGCGCUGCGGGCCUUUCGGAGUAGCCGGUACGGGGACUUCAGGCAGAUCCGGGACAUCAUGCAGGCGUUGCUUGUCAGGCCCUUGGGGAAGGAGCAUACGGUGUCCCGGUUGCUGCGAGUUAUGCAGUGCCUGUCGCGCAUUGAAGAAGGGGAAAAUUUAGACUGCUCCUUUGAUAUGGAGGCUGAGCUCACACCCCUGGAAUCAGCUAUCAAUGUCCUGGAGAUGAUUAAAACAGAAUUUACACUGACAGAAGCAGUGGUCGAAUCCAGUAGGAAACUGGUCAAAAAGGCUGCUGUCAUUAUUUGUAUCAAAAACAAAGAAUUUGAAAAGGCUUCAAAAAUUUUGAAAAAAUACAUGUCCAAGGACCCUACAACUCAGAAGCUAAGAACUGAUCUCCUGAACAUUAUCCGAGAAAAGAACUUGGCCCACCCUGUUAUCCAGAACUUUUCCUAUGAGACCUUCCAGCAGAAGAUGUUGCGUUUCCUGGAGAGCCACCUGGAUGACACAGAGCCCUACCUCCUCACGAUGGCCAAAAAGGCUUUGAAAUCCGAAUCUGCUGCUUCAAGUGCUGCGAAGGAAGAAAAGCAGCCAGUCCCAGAGGCAGUGGACAAACCACUAAGAGAGCCUUCAAGACAGCCUCGGGAACCUCCAACCACCAUCGGAAUCAGGACUCUAAAGGCAGCUUUCAAAGCUCUGUCCACUGCACAAGACUCAGAAGCAGCUUUUGCAAAACUGGACCAGAAAGAUCUGGUACUUCCUAAUCUACCAUCCCCGUCAUCACCAACCCACAAAAACAAGAGACCCAGGAAAGAUGAAAAUGAAAACUCAGCUCUCACCGAGGGUGAGGGAGGCUCAGAACUGCAGCCCAAGAACAAUCGCAUGACAAUAAGCAGAUUGGUUUUGGAGGAGGACAGCCAGAAUUCUGAGCCCAGCCCAGGCCUCCACUCCUCCCCGGAGCCCAUGUCCGCAUCACCAUCCAAGUCCAGAGCGCUCAACCAACCCCAUACAGGGGAGAAGAAUCCCAAAGUAUCCAAAGACAAGUGGAACAGUCCUAACGGGCUUGAAGAAAAGGAAAUUUGGGCGGAAGAAGACCAGCUGUUUGAUGUUCAGGCACCAAAUGAAGAAAAGUCAGUCAGUUUAGCAAGAAAGCAGAAGUGGACCGUGGAAGAGAGCGAGUGGGUGAAGGCCGGAGUGCAGAAGUACGGGGAAGGAAACUGGGCUGCCAUCUCUAAAAACUACCCCUUUAUCAACCGAACAGCUGUGAUGAUUAAAGACCGCUGGAGGACCAUGAAGAAACUUGGCAUGAACUGAAAAAGGCUCUCGUUUCCACAGGAUGCUCAAGAGUGUGGUUCUGAACCAUAGUCGCUGAUGCUCUGAUGUCUCUUUCAGAAGAUGGACUGAGAGGAGACGUGCAGGCGGCCUUUCUGUCCAGGCAGGCCUCACGUAUACUCCAUCACUGUUGUCGGAGAUCAUGGAGCUGAGAAGCAAAGCCAGGUCUGCCCCAUGUCUGCAGCAGAGGCCGCAGGCACACAGCUUAGACAGUGCCAGAACCUCAUUAGCGUUUCCCUUUAGUGGUUUGCUUCAACUUGAAUCCCCAGUCAUCCAUAGAACCUUCUCCUAAGAAAUGAUGGAAUCCAUUGUGAGUACUUACGAUCCCUGAUCUGUUAAAUCCAGCAAUGUGAGCAUUAUCUGGAAUGAACUUCAUCCUCGGUGAGUUCUGACCGCCUGACUCAAGAAGAAAGGCACUCUGUGCUGAGCCCCGAUGAGAGAUGUUCAGUUCUUGUGGAAUCUGAGUCCUUGUAAAGAACCAUUUAGCCACUUUGUCAGCCGUGGACCUGACUGCCUGGGCACUCGCUGUUACCGUGUGCUGGGCUACGUGGCAGGUGUGUCCUGCGCUUUUCUCAUGUGGUUGAACAGUGUGGUUUUUGAUAAAAUGGUGAUUGUAGAUAAGCUUAGCUCCCCUCCCUACCCCAUCCUCCCCCUUCUCGGAGCCCUUUAUUAUGCUGGACUUACAAAGCUUCAAAUUCAGUCCUGGUUGAAUCAAUGCCUAGCUCACCCUCUGAAUGGUUGCUCCCACCCACACUCCCUAGUCGUGCUAUGUUUGUGUCUUGCACCGGAGUCCGACAUGCCCUUCUCCCUUUGUACAGUGCUGUGCUUGCUGUCUCUCAGACACCCUUGAAAACUGUCUUUUUAGCAAAACAAAAAACAAAAAAAAUUCAGUAAAGUGUUUUCUGUAAUCUUUUUUUAAAUAUGAGAAUGAACUGUUCCUACUUGUAGCAUUCUCCAUUAAAGUCUUGCUGCUCUCAAGUUUCCAUUGCUGGCUGAUUGCAGUGCAGCGUGUAUUCACAUGGGGGGGGCGGAUGUUGACAAGCUGCUGUAUGUGUUGUUGAGCUGCUGUGAAGCCA